CACCGUGUGCUGGGCCUGGAGGAGGCGUCGCGCAGCGGGAGAGACAGCCGGAGGCCGCGCCCGGCAGUUUCAGGUUUCUGAAACAGAUCGCGAACUUCGUCGAGAAAAUUCAGUUGGAACAUCGAGGCUGGCACGCUUUUUCUCCUCAGACAAUAAAUAGGAGCCAGGCAGAACCCAGGAAUUCUUGAAACAUCUAUCUUCCAUUUGGAGGACACUAAGUUUUCUUUGACGACCAAGGCAGUUUCAAUAUGGCAGCAGGACUGAAGGGACAUGAAGGAGUUGUUACAGUGAUUUGGUGACAGUUCUUCAGACAACAGUGUCUUGAGGAAAGGUGGAUCAAGAAAACCCAGAACUUUGGGGUUGCAUUGAGAAAUCAGCAUGGCUCAGAUCCUUUAGUCCAAACUCUUUGAAGGUGAAAGAAGGGGUUCCAGGAUAUACUGAUCAUCUAAAAGGAAUUUCUUUAUAAAUCACUUGUGGAAGUUUGCUGACCAACUACUACUUAAAAGUUUCUUCAGUGACCUGAUACCUCAUCUCCUUUCAACUUAGGCAAGUCUCCUGGCUUGUGAAGGCCUAGCAGGUGUGAGUUUGGUUCCCACUGCAGCCAGCAAGAAGAUGAUGCUGAGCCAGAUGGCCAGCAAGCAGGCCGAGAACGGAGAGCGGACAGGUAGCUCUGAAGUGCUGAGGUGCUCCAGUCAGGGCCACCGAAAAGACAGUGAUAAGUCCCGGAGCCGCAAAGAUGAAGACAGCUUGGCUGAGACCUCUCAUUCAAAAAAGACUGUUAAAAAGGUUGUAGUAGUGGAACAAAAUGGUUCUUUUCAAGUAAAGAUUCCCAAAAAUUUUGUUUGUGAACACUGCUUUGGAGCCUUUCGGAGCAGUUACCACCUCAAGAGGCACAUCCUUAUUCAUACCGGUGAGAAGCCAUUUGAGUGUGAUGUCUGUGAUAUGCGCUUCAUUCAGAAGUACCACUUGGAGCGUCACAAGCGUGUGCACAGUGGUGAAAAGCCCUACCAGUGUGAACGGUGUCAUCAGUGUUUUUCUCGGACAGAUCGAUUACUCAGACACAAACGGAUGUGCCAAGGGUGCCAGUCCAAGACUUCCGACGGGCAGUUUUCUCUAUAGGCGCAAGGGGCCCUGGGUGGUGGGAGUGAUGAGAAGAAUCUACCGAAGAACGCACCCUCCUCUGGUCUGACGGUCCCACCACCACCCCGUGUGUACCUGGCCCCUCCCGGAGGAGUGGACCUAGGAGACCAGAAGAGUGCAUCAGGGGACAACAGCCCCAGAGCCUCAGCUCUGUAAAUAAUCUGAGACUAUGAGUAUCUCGGGGAAGUUCCUACAGCAUUCCUGGGCAGGAAAGCUAGUCCCUGGACCCUUGGCUGACGUCAUAAGUGGGGGGACUCAAGGUACAGGACCAAGACUGAAAUGUGGCUCCCACAACCUUGGACUCCAACUGGCAGCUGAAAUGAAAAAGAUUGGGAGAGGGAUUUGUUUAUUUGUUUGUCCUGUUCUUAUUUUUGUUUAUCCAAAAGCAAUUUCAGCAGGUACACUGUGGAUACAGGUAACCUGGAGGUAUAGAACCAUGGCCACAGGGACGAUGGGUGGUCCAGCCCUCCUGAAUUGAGUUUUUAGUUGCAAUUGAUCCUCAGUGUUCCACAGCCCUGCACCUCACCUCCUGUUGGAAGGAGAAUGGGAUCAGGGAUGGCAGCUGAGCUUACUUUGGCUUCCUUAUACACUGUAGGGACAAAAGGAAGAACAGUAGGAGGAGCACACGAGGGCUGGAUCCAAGAAGAGUGGACAGGUACCUGUUAUUUCCUCUGGGGAAGAGUAAGAGUUGUGCCCACGGAUGUUGUAAUGAACCAUGCCACACUGGUACCUAAUGGGGUCAGCCUAAGUGCCUUUUGGAGGAAACUUGGGUGACAGUGGCUCAUGAAGCCCUUUCCUUCUCUCUUUGGGCAGUUGACCUUGGAAAUAGUUUGUGGCUACCUCGCUGCCAUUGAUUCCUAAGCCAAACGGGUGUUGAGCGGGGAGUCAUGGAUAUCAAAGUAGUUCUUCCUCCUUGUGCCCUUUGGAACCACCCAAGACUAGUCCUAAGUUGAGUAACAGCUGUUCUGGAAACAAAGGAAUUUGGUGUCCCUGACAUGACUGUUGAGCAGUGUGAGCUGUUCUCUCUGCCCAAGUCCUAUCACUGUAUUCAGGUAGAGGAGAUAGGGAUCUGGCCUUUGGUCCCAAAGAACAAGGUCUUGGCUUCCUUCUUGAUGGCCAUCCCUACCCAACAAAGAAUUGGGGGGGGGG